UCACCGUGGGAACAGCGUGGACGAGCACCGACCGUUUCAUGGUGUCGGAAGAACGAAAAACGACGGGGAAAAAAAAAAGAAAAAUAGAAAAAUACACCGUGUUUAACCCGUAGUCUGACGAGGCAUUGUUACUUUAAAAAAAAAAAAAACCCAGAAAAAAUAAAUAAAUAAAUAAAAAACCCCGGAGCGGAGUCUCGGUGGAAUGGACCGGGUCAUCGCUGACCGUCAUUCCGCUUGUUUUCAAUGCGGUCGGGACUGCAGCCGACUCGGUCGUUGCGGCUAGCUCGGAGCGGCCGCGUUGAUGCAGCACCGGAUCCGGAGGAGACAAUAGGUGGACUGGACUCUCUCUCUCUCUCUCUCCCCCCAUAAAGACGACGCCAAGCAGCCCUGCAGCAGUGUCCGUGUGAGGAAUCAGGUUUGAGAGUGAAGUGACAGCCGGCAGGUAGCGAGAUCAGGAUGGCGGCCGUGGUGAACUACUCUCCACCUUGGUGGGUGAAUCUGCUCCACCGGAUGCCACAUUUCAACAUCGAAUUCCAGCUUGUCAGCAGUGACUUCAGACCGGAGGACGCUGAGUACCAGAAGUCCAUCUUGCUGCUCGGGGCUGUGGCGCUGCUGUGUCUGGGCCUGGACCUCCUCUUCCUCCUCUUCUACUCAUUCUGGCUCUGCUGCCGGCGCCGCAAGAGUGACGACUCCUCGCACUCCCACACGCACUCCCAGCAGCCCAGCGCCGACUGCUGCUGCACCGCCUGGUGUGUCAUCAUCGCCACGCUCGUCUGCAGCGCUGGCAUCGCUGUAGGUUUCUACGGAAACGGCGAGUCGAGUGACGGGGCCAGUCGUUUGGCGUACUCCCUCCGUCACGCCAACCGCACCGUGUCCGGAGUGGAGAAACUGGUGUCAGACAGCGCCCUCGCCUUAAACCAGACGGUGGAGGAGAACUUGGUCCAGUUGGAGACGGCCUUCCAGGAGCAGACGGACUACGUGUCCAUCGUCCAAAAGCUGCAGGGACAGCUGGACGAGCUGGUGAGGCUGAUGGUGGAUGUCCCCUUCUGGUCCAACACUGACAUUUCCCUGGAGGACUUGGCCCGCAAGACGGAGGCUUUUGAUUUUUACAGGUGGAUCGGGUACCUUAGCCUGCUGCUGUUUGAUGUGCUCAUUUGUCUUCUGGUGCUCUUCGGAUUGAUACGCAACUCUAGAGGCACUCUGAUUGGAGUGUGUCUGCUUGGUGUUUUGACUCUGAUCAUCAGCUGGGCGUCUCUCGGCAUGGAACUGGCUGUCGCUGCUUCAGCCAGCGACUUCUGCGUUUCCCCGGAUACCUACGUCACCAGGAUAACCAAGGAAAACGCUGUCAUCAACCAAGAUAUCCUGCAGUAUUACCUGAGGUGCAGCCCUGGACAAAUUAACCCCUUCCAGCAGAGGCUGUCAGGGAGUCACAAAGCAUUGGUGGAGAUGCAGGAUGAUGUGGCAGAGCUACUGAGAUCAGCAACACGUGAUUAUGCCAGCACCAAGGGGAGUCUCGACCAAAUCCAAUCCGUGCUGAAUUCCACUGAAGUCGGCCUCCACCAGCUGACCGCGCUGGUCGACUGUCGCAGCCUACACAUGGACUACGUCCAGGCAUUGACCGGGCUGUGUUACGACGGGGUGGAGGGAGUCAUCUACCUGGUUCUCUUCUCCUUCGUCACCGCUCUGAUGUUCUCCUCCAUCGUGUGCAGUGUGCCACACACCUGGCCUGGCAAGAGGACGGAUGAGGAAGACGGCGAGGACGAGUCGGGUGCCUCGCGGGGCGGCGUGCACGAUAACCUGUACCGCGUUCACAUGCCCAGUCUCUACAGCUGUGGCUCCAGCUACGGUAGCGAAGCUAGCCUGCCCGCCACCGCCCACACUGUCAGCAAUGCCCCCGUCACUGAAUACAUGAGCCAGAACGCAAACUUUCAGAACCCUCGGUGUGAGAACACCCCCCUGAUUGGCAGGGAGUCCCCUCCACCCUCUUACACCUCAAGUAUGAGAGCCAAGUACCUGGCCACCAACCGACCGGACCAGAACCGACGCUCCGUUCCCAACGACCAACUGGACCCGGCUAGCCGGCCCCACUCCGCCGCCCGACCACAGUCCUCAGUCCACUAGAGACCAGAACCGCACCAGUCCAACACAGUACUGCCUAAAUCCAGUUUUCACAGCCAGUAACCAAAUCCAACUCAGCGCUCACCAACACAGACCGGUUCUCCACAAACAACACGGCAAGUCAGAACUCAUCAACCGAGCACCUCAGCAGACUGCACUCUGAAGGUCCACUCCUACUACUCGCCCUGGAAACGCACCCCGAGCUGCUUGUUCCACCGCUGCUGUGACGCAUCAGCCCGCUUACCCACAAUGCACAGCAACUAAAGCGCCUUGGCUCCGGGUUCGUCCACUUUCUUCUUCUACUUCUCAAUUAUCUCCCGCUCCACUGGGAUCUGCUCACUGCCCUCCAGUGGAGACAGCUCUCACCACUCAAUCCCCUGACAGUUAUACAUUCAGAUCACACACACACACACAACACACACACAUACACACACACAUACACAUACACGCACGCAGGCACACACACACACACACACACUGUACAGACCUGUAAAUAGUAAACGUGUGCUUUACUCUGAUUCCACGAGAAGUAGACUGUUGAAUCAUUACUGGUAAUGUGGUGUGCUACGUGUUUACCAUGGAAGUAUUUUGCUGUACCUCUCAUACAAACACACACACACACACACACACACACACACACACACACACACACACACACACACACACACGCACACACACGUGUAUAAAUAAUAAGCCAGUGAAUUAGAAAGCCAUGUUUAGAUAGAAAACAUACUACCACAUCCACACCGUCUUUAGCUUAACAUUGUCGUCUAACUAAGACUUGAACCUUGAGCUUGAAAAGUGUGUCCACAUCUCUCUCUGUGUUUGUUUGCGUGCGUUUACACGUGCACGUGUCGAUUAACGCGUUUUGAUCGUGAGCCAGGAAUCCUGUUGUGGAAUAACUGAUUUGAACUUCAGGAGUGGAAGCGAGAGACAAGGGACAUAAGAAGGCUCAACUUGUGCCAAAAAACUCUGAAUGCCUGAUUCUGUCCUCUUCUUCUACUGCCUCCACAUGUCUCUUAAAAAAAAAAAAGAGGAAAUGAAAUCACGUGGAA